AGCAUAACCAUAUAUAAAUCCUCUCUUCACCGCCACCGAAACUCUUCCUAAGGAGAGAGCUGCUACUCUGCAACCAUGUCGAAGCGAGGAAGAGGAGGUACCUCUGGUAACAAGUUCAGGAUGUCGCUGGGUCUGCCAGUGGCAGCCACAGUGAACUGUGCUGACAACACCGGAGCUAAGAACCUUUACAUCAUUUCGGUUAAAGGAAUCAAGGGUCGUCUUAACCGUUUGCCAUCUGCCUGUGUUGGUGACAUGGUUAUGGCCACCGUCAAGAAGGGAAAGCCUGAUCUCCGUAAGAAGGUUCUUCCGGCUGUCAUUGUUAGGCAGAGGAAGCCAUGGCGCCGAAAGGACGGUGUCUUCAUGUACUUCGAAGAUAAUGCUGGUGUCAUUGUCAAUCCCAAGGGUGAAAUGAAAGGAUCUGCUAUCACCGGACCAAUCGGAAAGGAGUGUGCCGACCUGUGGCCAAGGAUCGCUAGUGCUGCAAACGCCAUCGUUUGAGAUCUUUAAAUUGUGUUACAACGUUUUGCACUUUAUCUAUUGAGGAUGUUUUGUUUUUGCCUUGGACUUCUGUUAUGCCUUCAACUUGAUUCUAGUUCGUAUAAGAAUUUCGUUUCUCGUGCCAAUUCUUUAUAUUAGUGUUUCAG